AUGAUACCGCCACCAUCAGGGUUUGUUAAGGUCAAUUUUGAUGACUCUUUUAUCCCGGAGCUGAAAAAUGGAUCUUACGGAUAUGUAAUCCGUGCCGAUGAUGGGGAGUUCCUAGCUGCUGGUGCGGGAAAGUUGAAUCACCUCCGAAGUGCCCUUCAUGGCGAAGCUGAGGCAUGUAUUGCUGCUAUGGAAGGUGCAUCGAAUCUGGGUAUGUUCAGAGUACUUUUUGAGUCUGAUUCCACCACAUUGAUCGAAGCCAUCAACAAUGGAAACUAUGAUCUUGCAGAUACUGGUGUCCUGAUGCGUGAGGCGCGGAGUUUGAAGUUUCUGCACUUUGACAAUGCAGAGUUUACAUACUAUCGCCGUGGUUGUAAUAAUGUAGCCCAUACUCUGGCUCAGGUUGGCUACCAGGGCAGUGCUUCCUCAUCCAGCUGGGUGGACACUGCUCCUGUUUGUGUAAUUGAAUUGCUUGCCAGCGAUCUUGCUGUGCAACUUGUUUAG